AUGCCCUUAUAUCCAAAGAUAUCUUUGCAUCCGUUUAGUUACGGUUGGCUUUCAAGUGAAACCAGGGGAAUACUAGGAUUUGCUAUUGAUGGAGUUCCCUUCGUGCGGUUGGAUUAUUUUCAACAAGUCAGAACCGUAUUCGCAAUAGAUUCUUGCAAUGGUAUAGUUUCCGAUUCUCAAUCCUAUUUCUAUGUCGGCUACCCUCGAUGUAUACAGGACCUUUCUUCAAACUCCGGUCACUCUCCUCUUGUCGGUUUUUUACUCGAUGGUUUGCCUGCCUACGGACCGAAUGAUGUUGACGGAGUUGUCGCUUCGUCGUUGCAAGGACCGUACAAACUAGAUGAAUGUGGAGGACACAUGGAUUCUAUCCAUCGAUUCUAUCACUAUCACAUUGAUAGUACCUCGCAAAUCAAUUGCCUAAGAGGUUGUCUU